AUUCUUUGACCUCGUACACCACACUGAACCGCGAUCCUAGCACCAUUCCUCCCAGAACCCGGGUUCCCACAUCUGCACAGCCGUGGAAGAUGCAGAGCAAUGGCCUGCGCAAUGCCUAUGCGCCGAAUGGAGACGGCCUAAGUCCCCAGCCGCCCUACGACUACCCGUCGCCGACCUCCAACUACCCGGCGUACAUGGGCGGCACCAAUCCCGCCUACGAAGACUCUGCCUACCAAGGGACGCCGCACUAUGCCAGCAACACCUUUGUGCCUCCGCCAGACGUGUUCCUCGAGGGACAGAGGAAGCCGAUAACCAGCAACAUGCCCGACAGUACGCGCGGGAGCCAGGAGCGUAGCUCGACAAUCCUCAAACGGGACCCCGUGGCCAUGCACCUCCUGGUUGAGACGGCUAUAAUUGACAGCCAAGGCUUCGAAAUCUUAUCGUUCGAAGAAGUGGAGGCUCUAAAGAGGGAACAACAAACCAUCAAUACUCGCAUCGACGCUGUUCAGCGCAAGCUUGCCCUCGAAUCCAAGGUGCGCGAUGCCGCGCAAUCCCUCAACCGCCUACACUCGAAGAAGGGAAGAGAUCAGGAGCGGGAAGCGGCCAAAAGCCACCGGAGAAGCUUUGGCAGUCGGAGCAGUACGGGCAGUGGAAACAGCGAAACUCUUGCAAAAUCAGAAGACGAGUUUGCAGCCAGCUUGAAAAAGUGUGACGAUCUAGGCCGUGAGCUACAUCAACUCGAAACACGAUCGCGACAAGUCGAGACGCAACUAUUGCGGCAUACCGCAGGAAUUCUGCAAAUUACACACGAAGGUCCCUCGAAACGCAGCCAGGACCGGAAUUCCGCCCUUCCUGGCGGUGAAAAUGGCCGACCGGAUAGCCCGGCAAGCAUCUACACCUACGAGAAUGGAAGAAGCAAUCGCGCCAAAGAUGAUGGUAAUUUCGAUGAGAGGAGUUUGUACAGAUCGCCGGAGAAUCUGGAUGGGCUAAUGCAAGCGUUGAAGAAUGGCACCCACCAUAUGCCCCUAGCAGACCACGAUGCUAUUGAACGACAAAGUCAAGCUUUGAACUCGGUAGAGAAGCGAUUGGAAGACUUCAAUGAUAGGUUGAGGGAUUUGAUUGUUUCGGCAAACCCUGAGCGCAACCAAGGUUACUCGCCAGCUCCAAAGUCGGCGCCAAACAGCCAGGACAGCCAAAGAGGCUCGUUAGUCGAACAACACUUGGACUUUCUAGAUCAAGCGCUGCACGAUGUUGGAGCGGAGCACAACCAAUUGCACCAACAGGCCAGGCACUCCCAAAAUGCGACUGAAGGCCGACUCGAAGGUAUCAACAACCAACUCUACGCCUUGAUUAGCUCGGCCCAGGGAGAAGAUGAUGCGAACUAUCCACCACCUCCGGCAAUAUCAGGGCACAGUUCGCAGGAUCAGAUCAACUACAUGGAAGAGGCAUUCUACAACAUCGAGCAACUGCAUUACAACAUGUCUGAGGACUUGAACGAAUUCCGUUCAAAGUCAACCGAUCAGCAUUCUCAGUCUUCCCAAUACGAAGCUACCCUAACCGGCUUGUGGUCUAUCAUCCUUGCCGGCGAAGAAGAGGCUCGUCAAAAGAAGUACCAGCGGCGUCAGUUGCUAGCAGCGAAUCACGACGCCGAAGAUGAUGUAUCUCCGGACGAAGAAGGCAACGCCAACGAAGAGUUCUCACUGCCCGCGUUCUCUAACAAGGUCCAAUGGCUUUACAAUCGUGCUACUACGCUCAAGGAGAAAGAGGCUAUUCUCCGUCGACAAAUUAAGCAACAGCGAGAACUCAACAGCAAGUCGGAUGAGCAAAAAGAGCACGACUUUGCCCGUCUCAAUGAUGAAAUUAAUCAAGCCCGCGCUCAACAAGCCAAAGCCGAGAGUGAGCUUAGCCGUGCUAUUGAUCAUCUAGAGCAUAUAAACAGCCAAGAAUCACAUCGCAACGCCGCGGACUCAGAAGCUCUUGUUGCCGAACAAGCUGCGCGGCACCAGGCAGAGGAUCGCUACCACGAGCUCGAGUCUCAGAUCGGCGAACUCCAAGAUGAUGCUCGGAUCGAAGCUGCUGAGUUGCGUGCUGAGCUUGCUGAAGCCUCAGCCUCAGUCGAGUCUCUCAGUGUAUCACUACGCUCUGCUACUGCGGAGAAGGAGGCUGCCGAGGCGCAUGCCAGCGAGGCCGCAAAUGCUGUCGCCAGCAAGGAACAAGAGCUGAGAGAGCUAGAGGGCGAAGUCAUCCGACUCCAAACCGAGGUCACCAUCGCUCGCGCAGAACUGGAUGGAGCUUACGGCACUCGAGCGCAACGGGCAGCCGAAGUCGCCGCAAAUCCCACGAUCAAGAAAGAGCUCGACGAGCUAGGCGCCAGCAACGCCGCCCUAAUCGCAGAAUUGGAGUCUCUCCGUCGUGCUCACGACGCCGCGGCGCAAAGCGAGACCGAAGCCCGUGAGACGGAGCGCAACCUGAAGCAGGAGCUCGGCGCCAUGGCUUCGGAGUACGAAGCUCUCACUAAGGAUAUGAUCCAGAACGAGAAGGACCGCGAUCGGUUCGAGGCCAUGAUCGACUCGCUCAGAGACGAGAAGGAGAGCUUAGAGAUGGAGCUAAGCGACGAGCGGGUGCGCUGGCUGGGCGUUAGGAGUCCGGGUGCUCCGAUGGCUCAGCCGGGUGCGGCGCCCGAGGCGACGAGCAUUAGGAUGCUGCGCGAGGACUUUAGGAAGAUGAUGAGAGACCGGACAGCUGAGGGCUUGAAGGCUUUGAGGGCCGAGCAAGAAGAACGACGCAAGUUAGAAGCGCUCGUCCGUACACUGCGCAGAGAACAGGCACCGCAGAAAUCAAGCUUGAGCAAGACCAUGACUGCGUAACCCCUACCUACGUCGGCAUAAAUAUGAGACCUACGAUUCUUCGCUUCGCGCCAGCCUAUUUGAUUCACUUCUUUAACUUUGGCGUUUUUGGCACUUCGAGCGAUGGCGACUUUGGGGAUAGGAGCUGGACGGCUGCCUGCUUACCGGAUUGAUUGGAUUGGAAUGCGGUUAUAGUGUACUUUGAUCUUCGAGACACAUGAAAGGGAGCGAAAGACGUUCUGAGCGUUGAGCGGCGAUUUUGCAAACGCAUAUGUGGGCGUUAGGAUGGCGUUUAUAGGUGAGAUUUUGCGGAUUUUUUGUUGUGGGG